GCCCCCCUCGGUGAGGGCACUGGUCCCCAGGCGUAGUUGCUGGCCGUGUCACCCAGCGGUUGGGGUCGCCCCAGCCGUUGGAGCGCGGUACGCCCCGGGCCGCGCGGCGUAUCUGGGACCUACGCCGGCCUGGAGGCUACUGAGCGGCCCGGCCCGGCCCGCGGGUCCAAGGGCCGCUGGACGCGCGGUAGGAACUUGGCCGACCUUGGCCCGGGCCGGGUCGCCGUCGCGGGGGUGGGGACCCGUCGUUGAGGGCGCAGGGGGCUGCAUCUUGCUGGCCACCGGCGCCUCGUGAGACCCUCGCGCGCUCUGCCCGGGUGUCCGCCGGGCACCGCUGGGCUAAAGUUUCUCCCUGGCCCAGGACCUGCCGGGUCGAGGCGCUCUCGGAGCAGAGAGGGUCUGCCGAGAGUGGCCGCACGGGAAGACGCGGGCACGGCCAGCGCAGAAGGAGCUGCGGCAGCGCCGAUGUGCGGAGGGAGAGCCGGGGCUGCGGAACCGGCUAGAGCGUCUAGCGGGCACGCGGGGGGCGGGGCCUCGAAGCCAAGAAAGGAAACCUCGUGCUCCUGGAAAUGGCCUGAUAUGAAGGAGCCACCCCUCCAGCUUUCCCUGUGGGUGCCUCGUCCUUCAGGUACAGGAGCUGGCUGAAACAUCAGGAAUGGAAGCCAAUGUGACUAUCCCAAUCUGGCAAAACAAGCCACAUGGGGCUGCUCGAAGUGUGGUAAGAAGAAUUGGGACCAAUCUCCCCCUGAAGCCCUGUCCACGGGCAUCCUUUGAGACCCUGCCCAACAUCUCUGACCUGUGUUUGAAAGAUGUCCCUCCAGUCCCUACUCUGGCUGACAUUGCCUGGAUUGCUGCAGAUGAAGAGGAAACAUAUGCUCGGGUCAGGAGUGAUACACGCCCUCUGAGACAUACCUGGAAGCCUAGCCCUCUGAUUGUCAUGCAACGUAAUGCCUCAGUGCCCAACCUUCGUGGCUCUGAGGAGAGGCUCCUGGCCCUGAAGAAGCCGGCCCUGCCUGCCCUGAGCCGCACCACUGAGCUGCAGGAUGAGCUCAGCCACCUGCGCAGCCAGAUCGCUAAAAUCGUGGCGGCAGACGCAGCUUCGGCUUCAUUAACACCAGAUUUCUUCUCUUCCGGAAGUUCGAAUGUCUCUUCGCCUUUGCCUUGCUUUGGGUCCUCCCUCCACUCUACAACUUCCUUUGUCAUUAGUGACAUCACCGAGGAGACGGAGGUGGAGGUCCCUGAGCUCCCAACCGUCCCCCUACUUUGUUCUGCCAGCCCUGAGUGUUGCAAACCAGAACACAAAACUACCUGCAGCUCAUCUGAAGAGGAUGACUGCAUCUCUCUGUCCAAGGCCAGCAGCUUUGCAGACAUGAUGGGCAUCCUGAAGGAUUUUCACCGGAUAAAACAGAGCCAAGACCUGAGCCGGAGUUUACUGAAGGAAGAAGACCCUGCUGUCCUCAUCUCUGAGGUCCUCAGGAGGAAGUUUGCCCUGAAGGAAGAAGACAUCAGUAGAAAAGGGAACUGACAGCACUGACUGCAAACUGUCUCUUGCUCCUGAACUUCAAUAGCUGCCUUCCUCACCGCAGAUGUCUGUCUCCGAGAUCUGCAACCGUCUUGCUGACUAGGGCUUGGGCUAGAAGAGAAGAGCUGGAUUACUCGCUGUUUCCUGCACUUAAGCCUUGGCAGGAGCCAAGGUCUAUGGUUUUUUGAGAUGAAGCAUUUGUUACAGAUAAUUGGGUAGAGUGGAGUGUAUCUGCUUAAGGGGUGAAGUUUGUUUUUUCUUGUCUCUGAAAACUAAGCCCUCAAUGAACGACUUAAUUAACUCACUGCAUUAGUCUCCAUAAUUGGUCUCGCUGGACACGUGCACAGCUGUGGCUCUCAGCAGCUUCCCUGCAGCGCCACUGGGCUAAGGGGGAGCGGCCAUUUAUGUUCAUGUUCACAGGAAGGUCUUCUGCUGCUCCAUCCUAGACCUGCCCCAGUGCCCAGCAGUCACCCUUCCCCUCUAGCUACAGAGUCCAGGCCACUGGACCAGCCAACAUCUGGGCUGCUGCAGGGAGGCCUGGCCUAUUUUUUCUUAAAACAUAUUUUAUAAAACUACAACCUGAUCUACCCUCCAGGGCCUCCUCAGUUCCACUGAUUGAAAUUUUCUUCUUCCAUGGACUAAGUCCAUCUAGGAAGGAAAAAUGAGGAGAAAGAGUGUGGUAUCCUCCUUCUAAGACAGUGACCGAUUUCUCUGGGUUGGGCCAAGACUUUAUUUACUGCAUCAUGCAUGACUCACUCAGGGGCCCUUGGGGCCCUCUUCUCUAUGAUAUGAAUACUGUGUGUGUGAGUUGAAGCAUUACCUGAUAUUAAAUGAAGGAUUUGGAGAAA